AUGUAUAAUUUAUAUUAUUAAUAUUCUUCUUCAUUAUUCUUUAAAUUAAAUCAAAUUAAAACAAAUUCAUACUCUUAUAUUAAAACUAAUAUAUAAUAUAUAAUAUAAUUAUAUUUUUUAUAUUUUAUAUUUAAAUACUUAUUUUGUUUUCAAUAUAAAAUUAAAUAAAAAAAAAAUAUAAAUUAACUUAUUUUAUUUUUAUUAUAAAAAGCUCAAAAUUAAAAAAAUGCUUUAAAAUUAAAAUAAACUAGAGCUUUAAAUAGAAAAUUAACAAAAAAAAUUAAAUUAUUAACAUAUAAUGUAUUUUUGCGUCCUCCUUUAAUAAAAAACAAUUUAGAUGAUUACAAAAACGAACGUACUGAAUAAAUAAUAAAUUCUUUAUAAAAUUUCGAUAUUGUCUGUUUCUAAGAAGUAUUUGGUUUUUUAAAUUAACGCAAACAUAAAAUAAUUUAAGGUGCAAAGUAACAAGGUUUUCUUUACUAUUCUUGUUCUUAAUCCCCUUCAUUUUUCAGCUCUUAUCUAGUAGAAGGAGGUCUUUUAACUAUUUCUAGGUAUCCUAUUAUUUAAACCGAAUAUAAACCUUUUAAAUAUGGAGUUUUAUCAGAUAAUUUAUCAUAAAAAGGGGUACUUUAUAACAAAAUAUAAAUAGGAAAUACAUAUAUGCAUUUAUUUAAUACACAUUUAUAAGCUUCGUAUAUAGAUGGACCUGAAAAAGAAAUAGUUAUUAAAAUUUAUAUUAAAAAUAAUAAAUAAAUAUAUAGGAAGCAACAGUUAUAACAAAAAUAGACUAAUUAAAAUAUAUUUUUUAAAAUUAAUAUAAAUAAACAAAAAUAACAAAAAAAGAGACAUUUUAUAUCUUUAUAAUAAGAAAAAUCAUUUAGUGAAUAUGAUAUAUUGAAGAUUUUGCUUUCUAAUUUCAACAAAAAUAUUAUAUACGAUUGUGUGAAAAAAAAAUAUGGAUAGGAAAUACCAAUUACAUACGGAGAUUAUUAUGUAGAUGAAAAUGGAAGUAAAUAACCUAUGGAGACUGUAUUAACUAUAUCAAGUGAUCUUUUUGCAGGACAAUGUUUAGAUUAUAUAAUUCAUUUUAAAGAAAAUAAUUAAUCAGAUGAUUAAGAAAAAUAAGUACAAGAAGAAAUAUUAUAAGUUGAUUAUUAAUCAGUUGAAAUAGAAAAGUUUUUUGUAAAAGAAUAACCAUUUACAUAAUUAUCUGAUCAUUAUGGAGUUUCUAUAGAUGUAUUAUAUAUUAAUUAAUGA